GCUCCAUACCCUUUCGACAAGCCCUGUGCGGACAUCGUCCUACGCACCUGCGAUCGCGUAGACUUCCGGGUUCGUCGCCACAUUCUCAUCGAAGCCUCGCCGGUGUUCGAUAGCAUGUUCCUACUCCCGCAACCUCAAGCGGACGCCGAUCUCCGCACGCACCCCAUCGUCGAUCUCGCCGAGGACAGCGGGACGAUCGAGACGCUUCUCCGCAUCUGCUACCCUAUUAGAAACCCUCCCCUCGGCCAGCCCCUGGAUGCGAUAGAGACCAUGCUCCGCGCCGCGAUGAAGUACGAGAUGGAAUCUCCCGUCUCUGUUCUGACAGACCACCUCCUGACCCUUGCGGAGCGCAUGCCGUUGGCGGUGUGGGCGGUCGCCUGCCGUCUGCAUCUAGAAGACGUUGCCAAACUCGCCGCCCAGCAAUUGCGGAAUGUGCCAUCACUUGACUUCAAUAGUCUCAGUGGAAUGAACGGCAUCUGCGCUGGCGACUACUUCCGUUUGCGCGAGUUCCAUCGC